CCCAUAACCACAACUCAAGAAACCAUUCUUUACUCCCUGACUCUCUCCACCCCCCUAACAGGAACAUAAAGAAUUAUAUAUAUAUAAACACAAGAAGAUAUUGCAAACACAACCCAAAGAAUCUCGAGAUUGUUUUUCCGAAUCAAAACAAAACCGGUUUCGUUUCAGAGAGAUUCAAAGAAAAUGGCGAUUAAAACCUUGACGGCGACCAUGCUAACACAAACGACUAUGAUAAAGCAAAUUUUGAAGAGGUGCUCAAGUUUGGGGAAGAAACAGAGUAGUGAAUUUAACGACAAACAUGAUGGACAAUCACUUCCUCUAGAUGUGCCCAAAGGUCACUUCGUUGUCUACGUAGGGGAGAAUCGGGUCAGGUACGUUUUACACAUUUCAUUUUUGACCCGACCCGAGUUUAAGCUUCUUCUACAACAAGCUGAGGAAGAGUUUGGCUUCGAUCACGACAUGGGCCUCACUAUUCCUUGUGAGGAAGUAGCUUUCAAAUCCAUUGUCACCUCCAUGCUGAUCUGAUCAAUAUAUGUUUAGCUCUGCUGGUUCUAGAACUUUUUAAUUAGAGGAAUAAGCUUCGUUUAGCUUUUAAUUUUUAAUAAUAUGAGAUAAAAUCGGGUUAGUGUUUCCAUUUGAACGAGACUAACUCUAGAGAUACCUCUAAUUAAGAGUGAUCAAUAAAACCAUCUUGGUUAUUAUCUUGGAUUUUGUAGGGAGUAGUUAAGCAAAUAGUGUGAUAAAUAUUCUCUCCUCAUGGUGGUGUGACUAUUAUAUUAAAAUAUCAGUGAAUGCAUUUUGUUUUUCUU